AUGGCUAUACUCUUAAAAUUACGACAGAAGUCCAAAAUAUUGAGGUUGAGAGUCAGAAAGUACUUUAGUGGAGAUAUUGAACCACCUAAUUUUGACGAUUUGGAUCAAGUUCAGCCUCUAUCUUACCACAAAAAUGCAAUAGAUGCGGUUUACUUUAAUGGAUCGUCUGAGGACCAGCAAGUGUUAAUGUGUGGAUUAGCCAGAAGAAAGAACAACCUCGUUAAUGGUUUUCUCUAUCUUCGUAUCCCAGAAUUUAGUGAUAAAUUUUUGCUUUCUCCUCAACUUCCGGACACAAAUCUCUAUCAAACUGAAUCCGAUGGGAAUCAAUUUAAAGCUGAAGGCCUACAUUUGAAACCAUUGAUCCCCAUGAAGACCUGGAAGAUUAUCUACAAGGGCAAAAUGCAAUUUGAGUCAGCAAAAUCUGAAGCUUUUGAUGUUGAACUCAAUGCUACAUUUACCAGCAAUCUUCCGGUUUUCAACUACGACACGGAUAUGCACUUUUCCAGUGCAGCAAGAGCAAUGUCGCGGGAAUCUUGGACAAGGGAGUACUUUGAGAACCUCAAGACAUUCCAUCAGACCCAUUAUGAGCAGUAUGGAGAUGUUAAAGGAUAUGUUAUAAUUGAAGAUGAAAAGUACGAUAUCUCGGUGAAUUCUGUUCGGGAUCACAGUUUUGGCCUCCAAAGGGAUUGGAGGAUCUUUCACAGAUACGUUAUGCACUUCUUCACUUUGGAAGAUGGCACGAGAAUAACAAUUGGAGUAAUUUCUAUUCCUGUGAAUUUCUCUAGCAUUGUAGUUGGAUUUGUAACAGAUUCAGAAGGGAAGAAAAAUCAUCCUGUUACGGAUUGCAAUUUUAAACUUUACCAACAUGGAGAAAAUGGGAAUCCUCCUCAGAAUUAUGCUUUUACCUUUACAACAGAACUCAAGACUUACCUUGUGGAGGUGAAUUGCUAUGCCAUCCAGGAGUUCUUCAUUGGUUUAGAAAGGGAGAGCAGAGUCGUAGAAUUACUUUCACGAUUCACGGUGAAUGGAGUUAGAGGUUGGGGAGCUGCUGAAUGGCAAUACAGAAAUUUAUCUGGACCACCGCGAUCCUAA